AUGCUGCUGACGACGGCCAGCGUUGAACGUAGUCUCCCUCUGUCUAUUUCUCUCUCUGUCUUUGAGACAUUCUCGUGUAAUUCGAUAGGGACAGCACCGACCCCCAACACCGGCUCCGAGCAUUUCUUCGCCCAUACGUCUGGAAGAUGGGUGUGGCAUGAAGAUGGGCGACAGGCCCAUGUUCAAGGAAAAGGAGAUGAGGCUGGCGAGUUUUCUGAAGCCAAUGGGGGUGCUUCCGAGCUGGAGAAAGGCACUGAUGUGGAAAUGUCAUUAGAGGUUGAGGAGGGCAGGGAUGGAGGCGAUGCUGGUACGGGGAGUGGGUGCUGCUCUAGGUGCUCAAAAAAGGGACAUGCAGCGGCGGCUUGCAAGGCGGAGGUGUAUUGUGUGUUAUGCGACUCGCAUGAACACAUGAACCACAAGUGCCCUCUUCUUAAAGCGCCGAGGCCGGUGGCUUAUGCGGCGGGUUAUGUAGUGAUGGGGCUAGGAUUCUAUCAUAUCCCGCAUCCACCGUUGCCAAGGACGAAGAAAGACUCCAAGAUGGCCAGAGUCUCGGUGGUGGGUGGCUCUCUGUCCGCCGACCAGCUAGUGUUGCAGCUAAGAAGGGUGGUGCCGGUUAAGUGGAAUUGGGAGUUGAAGGAGCUUGGGGAAGACGAGUUUCUUACCCAAUUUCCUUCCAAGGCUGAGCUGUGA